AUGGAUCUACCUUAUUACCACGGCCCUUUGACCAAGAGAGAUUGUGAGAUUUUGUUGCUCAGGGAAGGGGAGGAUGGCACCUUCCUGCUGAGGGACAGCGAGUCGGUUCCAGGAGCCCUGUGCCUCUGUGUCUCGUUUAAAAAUUUGGUCUACACAUACCGAAUCUUCCCAGAGAAACAUGGGCAUUACACAAUACAGAGCGUGGAGGACAUUCAGAAACAGACCUUCUCGAGCCUACAGGAAUUGAUCUCCAAAUACGAAAAACCGAACCAAGGGCUGGCGACUCACCUUUCCAGGCCGAUCAAGAGAAUGAGCAGGUGCCAGAGAUGGAGAAGGUCGCAGAUGAAGUUCAAUGAUAUCUAUGAGAACUGUCACAGCGAGUAUAUGGAGGUCUUGCCUUAAAAGGAGGAGGCGACAAAGCAAGC